AUGCACCCAGCACCCGCGUCCCUCCCUCCCGACCCCCCAAGUCCUUGGAUCGGCUAUAUUCUUCCUGGUCAAACGGACACUUUCUCCUGUCCCCGCAGCCGCAGGGUCUGCGGCGCUCGUCCGAGGAGCCUCAAGAUUGGAGCAGGAGGGCCGCUCGCCAAACAGAGGACAGCAAAAACUCUUUCUCCUAAUUCACCAGAAUAA